AUGGGAAAGGCUGUUGGUAUUGAUUUGGGUACCACCUACUCUUGUGUGGCCGUCUGGCAGAACGACCGUGUCGAGGUCAUUGCCAACGACCAGGGUAACCGUACGACUCCUUCGUACGUUGCCUUCACCGACACGGAGCGUCUGAUCGGUGAUGCCGCCAAGAACCAGGUGGCUAUGAACCCCCACAACACUGUCUUCGACGCCAAGCGUCUGAUUGGUCGCAAGUUCAACGACACUGAGGUUCAGUCGGAUAUGAAGCACUGGCCGUUCUCGGUCAUUGACCGCUCUGGUAAGCCCGUUAUCCGCGUCGAAUACAAGGGUGAGGAGAAGAUCUUCACUCCUGAGGAAAUCUCCUCGAUGGUCCUGCUUAAGAUGCGUGAGACCGCUGAGGCUUACCUUGGCUCGGACGUGAAGGAUGCUGUGGUGACUGUCCCGGCCUACUUCAACGACUCGCAGCGCCAGGCUACCAAGGACGCUGGUGUGAUUGCGGGUCUCAAUGUCAUGCGUAUCAUUAACGAGCCUACGGCUGCUGCUAUUGCCUACGGUCUCGACAAGAAGGACGAGUCCGAGAAGAAUGUACUUAUCUUCGACCUGGGUGGUGGUACUUUCGAUGUGUCGCUCCUGACGAUCGAGGAGGGUAUCUUCGAGGUUAAGGCUACCGCGGGUGACACGCACCUUGGUGGUGAGGACUUUGACAACCGUCUUGUGAACCACUUUGUGCAGGAGUUCAAGCGCAAGAACAAGAAGGAUCUGACCACAAACGCUCGUGCUCUGCGUCGUCUGCGCACUGCUUCGGAGCGUGCUAAGCGCACUCUCUCGUCGGCUGCCCAGACCACCAUUGAGAUUGACUCGCUCUUUGAGGGUAUUGACUUCUACACAUCUAUUACUCGUGCCCGUUUCGAGGAGCUUUGCGGUGACCUCUUCUCGCACACCAUUGACCCUGUCGAGAAGGUCCUCCGUGAUGCCAAGAUCGACAAGGGUUCGGUCAACGAGAUUGUGCUGGUUGGUGGCUCGACUCGUAUUCCUCGCGUGCAGAAGCUCCUUCGCGACUUCUUCAACGGCCGCGAGCCCAACAAGUCUAUCAACCCUGACGAGGCCGUUGCCUACGGUGCUGCCGUCCAGGCUGCCAUUCUGUCCGGUGACACUUCGGAGAAGACGCAGGAUCUGCUGCUGCUCGAUGUCGCCCCUCUUUCGAUGGGUAUCGAGACCGCCGGUGGUGUCUUCACUCCUCUGAUCAAGCGCAACACGACUGUGCCUACGAAGAAGUCGGAGGUCUUCUCGACGUAUGCCGACAACCAGCCUGGUGUGCUGAUCCAGGUGUUCGAGGGUGAGCGUGCCCGCACCAAGGACAACAACCUGCUGGGUAAGUUUGAGCUUUCGGGUAUUCCCCCGGCUCCUCGUGGUGUUCCUCAGAUUGAGGUCACUUUCGAUGUCGAUGCGAACGCCAUCUUGAACGUGUCGGCUGCCGACAAGACGACCGGUCGCUCUGAGAAGAUCACUAUUACCAACGACAAGGGUCGUCUGUCGAAGGAGGACAUUGAGCGCAUGGUUGCCGACGCUGAGAAGUACAAGGCUGAGGACGAAGCGGCUGCUGAGCGCAUCAAGUCGAAGAACGGUCUCGAAUCGUACACUUACAACCUGCGUAACUCGCUGAACGAGGAGGCCUUUGCCAGCAAGCUCGAUGCUUCGGACAAGGAGACUCUUAAGAAGGCGAUUGACGAGACUAUUGAGUGGCUCGACAACACUCAAGAGGGCUCUAUUGACGAGUACAACGACAAGCAGAAGGAGCUUGAGGGCAUUGCCAACCCGAUCAUGCAGAAGGCUUACAGCGCUGCUGGUGGUGCUCCCGGCGGUGGCUUCCCUGGCGCCGACGCUGGUGCGGCCCCUGGCGCUGGUGGUGACGAUGGCCCUCAGGUUGAGGAGAUCGAUUAA